AUGACUUAUGGGCUUGAGGAUUCAGAAAAAUGGAACUCAACGGCCCUUUUGUUAGAUAAAAACCCCCUAGACAGCGUACGAAAGAGACGUAUUGAAGCGCACAUUACAGACUCUUCAAAGUUGAGGACAUAUCAUGGAACACUCAACUCCACUAUCAGUUUCCGCAACUUACAAAACUUUCGUGACAUACAGAAAGAUCCUGCACCGGAAAAGAGUAACACAGACACAUUUCAAACGUACCAGAACAAGCAAGUUUCAUACUCAUCGAAUAGUCCAAAGCCCUCUGGAAUCACAGAUCCAGUAUCUACCAAAGACCAGUUUCGUCAAAAUUUACAAGACGGUCAAGCCCUAUUCAAUAAGUUUUUGAACACGUCUAAAGCAGAUAAUCCUCAAAAUGCUGGCUCAAAACAAAUAUCAACACCAAUCUCCAUGGAAAGUAUUCAGUAUAAAACAUUGUCCCUAAAACUAUUACGAAUGAUAUUGUCCAUGACUGUGGUCAUUUGCCUGUUUAUAAUUAAGUUAUUGACACUGAUGGUGGGUUUUUUGAAAAGCAAAACGGAGACCCGAUUUGCUCAACCAUCGAGCUUUGACGACUUACAGAAAGAAAGUGCACAAAAUGUGGCAGCGGAUAACACUCAUAUUCAAUUUCAUCAAGACUCAAAUAUCAACGCCUCGACUCCCAUAAAUCCAAACUUAAAUGUGUUCAAGAAGGCCCCAGCUAGCAUUCAUCCCAGAAAUCAAGUUCAAGCGAAAUUGCUGAAUGCUCAAUUUGGAACACCUUCAGGUAUUUCGUCACCCAUUAUAUCAGAUUUCAUAUCACCAAACGACAUGGGUACUCCCAUAGACCAUCAAAAUUUUGAAAAGAAAACGGACGCCUCGACUUUCAACUGGCAAUAUGAUGCUCCCAUUAAUCAUGCUUCUCAAACUUUUAGUGAUGGCGGAUAUGGAACCCAUUUCUAUACCUCAAAGAAGUCAAGCAAUCAAAAGAACACAGAGACAAGCUUUUUAAAGAAACUAUUUGCCAAAGACACAACAGUUUUAGAUUUGGCCCCCAUUGAUACUAAUGCAGACAGUAUGGAAAUCUGGCAACCAUCAAUUAAUAAAAGCCACGAUAAGAAGAUCAACGAUAUGUUUGAACUUACCCAACGACUUCGGGCUUCCUUAAUGGCUGAGGAACAACAAAAGAAACCACCCACUCAAGACCUGCUUUUAGAUUCUUUUUUCAAAAGAAACGAAUUACUUAUAACGAAGAGAAAUAAUUGGACGGAAGACAAUAAGUAUGAAAAGCUGGAGAAUGAUUAUGAAACUUAUCAGGCGAUUAUGCAAGAAAAGAAGAAGAGAGAAGAGCUUAUACAGUUGGAAAAGUCAUCUCUUCUUCCCUUGGUACAACCUCUCAAACUUGAAUACUUGAACUUGGUGCAGAAAUACUGGAAUUCCAAAGAUUUGACAAAGAAAAUCGUUACAGGCAUAAGCGCUGAGGUGUUUGUGAGAGAUUUAAAAACUUUGAUAAAUUCAAGAUGGAUCAAUGACAGUGUUAUUGAUUUUUAUCUAUCUUUAGUCUCUCAUAGAUCAACUCAAAGCUCCUUUUUGCCAUCUGUUUUUGCAUUCACCACACACUUUUAUACAACAUUUACAAGUCGAGGAUAUGAGAGUGUUAAGAGAUGGGCCAAAAGAAGAAAAGUUGACAUCACCAAGCUUGACUAUGUUUUUGUUCCUAUCAAUAUUUUGAAUUCCCAUUGGGCAUUGGGAGUUAUCGAUAAUAAGCGUAAGCGGUUUCAAUACUAUGACUCCUUGAAAGGGGAAGGACAAACUCCAGUUUUAAACCACUUAAGAACUUUUGCCCUGAAGGAGGCUGAAAGGAUCUACGGUGAUAAAGUACCCAUUAAUUUCCAUGAAUACCUAUUAGAUUAUAACACGAAUUCUCCUCAGCAAAAGAAUGGAUCAGAUUGUGGUGUUUUUACAUGUGCCACAGUUGAGUUUCUUUCCAGAGAGAAAGCAUUGAAAUUUUCACAAACCGAUAUGCCACUCAUACGUCAAAGAAUGGCCUACGAAAUAAUCACAGGAAAAUUGUUAGAGUGA